CCUGUCAGAUUAAGUGUGUGUCGUGUGCCUAUUGAAAUUGUGAUUUUUAAUAUUUUCAAAUAAUCUAUCAAAUUUAGAUUGAAAUGCCAAUAUUUACGCUAUUAAAACUAUUUCGUGCAUCAUAACAUUUCGAUAAAUGACAAUAAAUAAGUUCCGAUGCAGCUUCUUAUCAGACCAACAAAUAAUUUAAAUUUUGGGGUUUUACAUAAUUUGGUGGAGGUCGAAAACAAACACCAUGGCCUAGAUACAUACACAAAGGUGUAAAAGAAGAGAUGUCAAAUUGUCCCCCUGAGGAUAAAAUGUGUGAAACCUUGUUUGAUAGAAGUUAUCUAAAGCAAGGAACCAUGGCAGUGCCAGUGCCCAGUCACGGUUUGUCAGUGCGAUGGAAAGAAUUUGUUUGUGGGGGGGGUGCAGCCUUUUGCAAUAUUAUGAUUAGCUACCCUCUCAAUAAGCUCAUAUUCAGGCAGAUGAUGCAUGGAGUUGAAACAUCAUUAGCUUUAAAUCAGUUGCAGAAAGAAGGUCUGUCUUAUCUCUACCGAGGAAUGCUGCCUCCCCUCAUGCAGCGGACAGUGUCAAUGUCCUUGAUGUUCGGUAUCUAUGAUGAAUGUUUGCAACCCCUACUCAGUUAUAAAACUAAUCCUUUUGUAGCCAAAUCAAUUGCAGGCAUUGUUGCAGGCUGCGUUGAGGCCACACUCAUGCCUUUUGAAAGAGUACAGACCCUUCUUAUACAUCCCAAGUUCCAUAAACAAUUUAAGAACACAGCAGAUGCUUCCCUCCAUAUAGCUAAACAUUAUGGUAUAAAAGAAUUCUAUAGAGGACUUGUGCCAAUACUUCUAAGAAAUGGUCCCUCAAAUGCGUGUUUUUUCAUUAUCCGUGAUGAAAUAACUGUCAGACUGCCACGCCAGGAUUACAUAGUUUACCAAGGCAUACAAAAUUUCAUAGCAGGAGCAUCUAUAGGAGCUUUCCUAAGUACCAUAUUUUAUCCUCUAAAUGUUAUAAAAAUUGGCAUGCAGUGUGAGUUAGGUGGACCCCACAGGUCAAUGGCUUAUGAGUUCAGGUAUAUUCUAGCGACACGAGGCUCCAAGUUUGCAAACUUCUACCAUGGAGCAUUACUAAAUAUUUCUCGAGCAUUUUUAAGCUGGGGUAUUAUAAAUGCAUCAUAUGAAAUUUUUAGAAAAAUGUUAUACACCAACUAGUCAUAUUUACAAAAUUUGAAACAAGUUGUUAUUUAUAAUUGUUUAUAGGUGUUGCUGUGUACAUAGUUAAUUAUGAAAUGAGCAUUAUUUUGUAGACUAUCUGUGUAAGUAUUUAUUUAAUAUUAUUUAAUGCAUUUAUGAAAAACUCUUUAUAAGUAUUCGGCUAUGCCUAAUAUAUGUGUAUGUUAGCUGUGAAUGCAUACCCUUGUUGUGAUAUCGAUUCGCCGUUACGUGCGAAACAAAACAUAUACCGAUUAUAUGUUUGAAAAACAUUGUGUGUCCUACACAUUGCUUUUGUGUGUACAUAAUUCCUAGUAAUAUUCACCACAUAUAUUGGAUAACUUAAAUACUUCUUUAUUAUCCUAUGUUUCUUUAUAAGAAUUCCAAAAUAUAUCUAUUGUAGUUUAAUGGUCAUUGAAUGUUAGAGCUAUACUCAAACCAGCGCGUCGUCAUCGCUUAUUGGAUGCGCUCCUUGGAUACAAAAAAAAAAUAGUUAAAAGCGCUUAACGAAUUUGCGUCGGUUUCUAUAUAGCUUAUGA